GCCCAGCCCACAUACAGUUUAGUUGCAAUUUGCAAUAGUUUCCCUUCUCAUUACUUAAUAGCGUCAUUUCAUUGUUAUUUUGUUGUUUUUUAGUAUAAAUCUGUGUGUAUUUAGCAAUGUGUCAACUCCUCUAAAAGUGUUGUUAGGUUUAACAUCUAAACAUGGUUAUUAAACUUGAUGAAGGUUCAGAACUUACCGAGCCUUUACUUUGGGGUGAAUCUAAUGAUUGUCCAAGAAAACCUGAGAGACAUGCCGAAUUGAUUAAAAAGAUUAAUGCAAAGAAUGCAAAGUACGUAGCUUUCAGUCUAGUGUUGGGAUUCAUCUUGUAUCACGGGAUAAUCCAUCUAAGAUAUGGAAGUGAUUCUUGUAAAUGGCUUCUAUCAGACGGCAGAUACAAAGGAGAUAUGGAGUGGCAACCAUAUGGCUGUAUGAUGCAUCGAUACAGCCAAACGGACACUCGACGAUGCAUGCGCUAUCUUGCGUUCUGGGGGCGACACAACCACUUUGUGUUCAUUGGAGACUCCAGGGUACACCAGAUGUAUCUGGCAUUCAUAGACCAUCUGACUGGCCACAAGAGUCAGCCGCAGACGACGCCUAGCAACCACAGUUUGUAUGAUGAACAACUGAGGCUUACGGUGGACUUCUUCUGGAGCCCUUCAGCAUCGGACGUCAUGGUCAACAUGUUCCAUCAUUGGGCUAAGGCAAACCCUCCUCCUAGUAUGGUGGUGGCAGGCAGCGCUGCUUGGAGUACAAAAUUCACCAAUUCUACUGCAAAAGCUGUAGAAGAAUACACGUUCAACCUUACUCGGCUUGUUACUAGCAUGAACACCAUAAUAGAAAGCAAGGGACAGGUUUUUUGGGCACUGCAGGAACCUGUCAUCACAGGAGACAACGACAGAGAUGAGGAGGCCAACACCCAGAUAGACUUGUACAACCGGGCAGCUAUGGAGGCGAUACAGCAGAGUUCAGCCAAGGUGUGGUCUAGCUGUCGUCUGGUGGCUCAGACCAGAUAUCUGGGCAAGUCCAUCUAUGUUCAUGACGCCCAGAUGCUGCUUAACACCUACUGUAAUGACCACAUGAACUACAAUGUGAUACAGCAGAGUUCAGCCAAGGUGUGGUCUAGCUGUCGUCUGGUGGCUCAGACCAGAUAUCUGGGCAAAGUGAUACAGCAGAGUUCAGCCAAGGUGUGGUCUAGCUGUCGUCUGGUGGCUCAGACCAGAUAUCUGGGCAAGUCCAUCUAUGUGAUACAGCAGAGUUCAGCCAAGGUGUGGUCUAGCUGUCGUCUGGUGGCUCAGACCAGAUAUCUGGACAAGUCCAUCUAUGUUCAUGACACCCAGAUGUUGCUUAACACCUACUGUAAUGACCAAAUGACUUCUGGUGUACCACAGGGGUCACACUUGGGACCAUUCUUGUUCAGCUUGUUUGUCAAUGACGUUGGGGAUUCGUUGGGCUGCGAGUAUCUAUUAUUCGCAGACGAUAUCAAGAUCUACAAGAAAGUGUCUUCUCUACAAGAUCAGCAUGAACUCCAGGAAGCUCUUAAUACCGUUGUCAUGUGGUGCACCGAUAACCUGAUGGAACUUAAUGCUGGAAAGUGUGUAGUUAUGUCAUUUGGAAGAUGUCAGAACUUGCUUGUCUACGACUACACAAUUCUAGGCACUCAGCUAAGGAGAGUGAAUGGGGCUAGGGAUCUUGGAGUGUUCAUAACCCCUACUUUGGACCCAGGUGAACACAUACAGAGAAUAUGCAUGAAGGCCAAUUCUGUACUGGGUUUAAUUGCCCGUAUUUCAAGGAGUGGUGCUUUCUCUACCAAUACUUUGAAGAUCUUGUAUGUUUCCUUGGUGAGACCUAUUCUCGAAUAUUGCUCCACUGUAUGGUCUCCGUUCCAAGUUGGCCAUAUUAAUUACUUGGAAAUGGUUCAAAAGCGCUUCCUUCGCCUGGUUGGUGUUCGAGCAGGGAUUCGCUAUAUGGACGUUAAUACUGAUCAUAUUGCAGCUCAACUACAAUUGCUGCCGCUCUUAUCAAGACGAACUGCAUUGGAUCUGAUUUUCCUGUACAAAAUUGUCAACUACCUGGUGGACUGCCCCGAGAUUCUUCAGAUGUUGAACUUCCGGGUCCCUCAGAGAACACGGCUACAGAACGUUUUUGCCAAGCUGCACUACCCUACCUCAUACAUGUACCAUAGUCCUGUACCUCGCCUGAUGCGUCUCGGAAACAACGCCCAUCUGGAGUUCUUCGGAGUUUGUCCUACUGCCUUCAGAAGAGAUGCAUUUUUGAGUGUUGUGAUACAGCAGAGUUCAGCCAAGGUGUGGUCUAGCUGUCGUCUGGUGGCUCAGACCAGAUAUCUGGACAAGUCCAUCUAUGUUCAUGACACCCAGAUGUUGCUUAACACCUACUGUAAUGACCACAUGCACUACAAUGUGAUACAGCAGAGUUCAGCCAAGGUGUGGUCUAGCUGUCGUCUGGUGGCUCAGACCAGAUAUCUGGGCAAGUCCAUCUAUGUUCAUGACACCCAGAUGUUGCUUAACACCUACUGUAAUGACCACAUGAACUACAAUGAUGGCACGUGCUGCAGCAGUGCUGAACCUCAUACAUCUCUGCAAGUUGUCACUGCUGCUGUAUUUGGUGUUUGUUUGGUGCUGGCUUGUGCUAUGACAGUGAAGCGUAAACUACAAGGUUCCAGAGCUGACCCACCCUCCCCUGUCUAUGUGCUGAGUACCAACUUGGCCAAGCUGGGGCUGAUCAUGGCCUACUUCUACCUCUGUGAUCGGACGAAUUUCUUCAUGAAGGAGAACAAGUAUUACUCGCCUGUUAGCUUCUGGUUGCCCAUUGGCUAUGUGUUUGCUCUUGGUCUCUUCUUUACUGAAGAUUCAAGAUAUACAAAAGUGCUCCACAGAGACCAAACAGACGAAUGGAAAGGCUGGAUGAUUCUGGUCUAUCUCAUUUACAACAUGACCGGAGCCUCUACAAACCUGCAGAUCUACAACCACAUCAGAGUCCUCAUAUCAGCUUAUCUGUUCAUCAGCGGCUACGGUCACUUCUACUAUUUGUGGCACAGAAACGACGCUGGAAUUGUUAGGUUCUUUCAGGUGUUGUUCCGCCUCAACAUGCUGGUAGUGGUGCUAUGCCUCUGUAUGAACCGACCGUACCAGUUCUACCAGUUUGUGCCGGUCGUGUCGUUCUGGUUCACCCUGCUCUACCUGGUGUUGAUCGCUCCACCCAGGGUCACACAGGCCUCGUGUGAACACAACCACCUCCACUACCUCUACCUGGUGCUCAAGUUUGUCGGACUUUUCAGCUUCAUUAUCAUGUUAUACAUGAGCGAGGUAUUUUUUGACAAAGUAUUUGUGACAAGACCGUGGAAGGCGCUGUUUGUCACCACUGAUGAUGACAUCCACGAUUGGUGGUUCCGAUGGAAGCUGGACAGAUACAGCACUUCCUACGGAGCAGUGUUUGGCAUGCUGUUGCUGGUAGCGCAGAGUUUCAGCCUAGUAGAUGACAACAACCACAGCAACCUGUUCACUUCUCGUAUUGCGCUUUGUUCCGUGUUCCUCGCCUUUGUCGGCAUCGGCUGCUCCACCACGUUUGAUCUCCUCUGUCAGUCCAAGGCGGAGUGUAACGAAGUACAUUCCUACACUGUCGCCAUCCCUAUUGUGAGUUACAUCUUCCUGCGUAAUGUGUCGGGCAUCCUGCGAACGAGAUACUCCAGCUUCUUCGCGUGGUUCGGACGACUGUCGCUGGAGCUGAUGGUGACUCCGUAUCACGUGUGGUUGGCCGCAGACAAUCACGGGGUGCUGGUGCUGCUACCUGGCUAUCCUGUACUCAACGUGUUGGUAUCUUGCUACAUCAUGGUGUGCAUAACGCAUGAGCUCCACGCCAUCACCAGAAGACUGUUGCCCUUUGCUGUUCCCAAUGACUGGAGACUUGUGUUGCGCAAUGUUGGACUGUUCCUCAUGGUUCUCAUCCCCAUUGGAAUACAUGACGGAAUGUUCUAGUCAAGAUGACUCGUGUUCCCAGAACAUAAAACCAAAUACAUGCGCCAGGUAGAAGUAUUGACAACUUGGCAACAGAUCUCACAAAAUAGGCAGUAAUGCCUUAUUGACUUACCGUCCAGUUGCGGCUUGGUAUUUGCUGUGUGUUUGUCUUAAUGAGUUGUACGCUUGUAUUUUAGGAAAAUUCUGGCAAAUUAUGCCUUGUAUUUCGCAAGAUUUGAGUGUUCAUGACUUAUUUGCCCUUCUCCAUUUCCCAAGAGCGUCAAGACAUAUAGUAGCUCAGCUAAAAAUAUACCUACAUGAAGUAGAUAAGAUAGAUCCGAUUGGUUUUUUUUAUUCAAUCAAUUGGCGAAUUAGAAAAUGGUGUUCAGUAUUUUUCCCAAACGGAAACUAGUUCAAAUGACUCUUUAUUUAUAAAAAAGUACAUUUCAAAAAGGCUGAAUAGGCCGACUCCUUUAAUUAUGCAUUUGCUUUAAUUAUGCGUGCUUACCCCAUGGGUCUCAGGCCUGUGUUAAGCAAUUAAUGAGUUGGAUUGGUAAAAACUUUUAACACAUUAAUCAAAACAAUGUUAUGGUCUUACUAUGCCUUCUGAUAAGACCUGGACUCGGGACCGAUUUACUUUUACCACGUUUUGAUGUCCCCAGAGGCCAAAGACACUAUCCAUUCAAAUUCAUUUUUAUAUGUGUCUGUUAGCAUGAUAACUCUAGUAAAAAUCAUCCAAUUUUUCAUUCCUUGAAAAGGUGUAAACCUACAUAAUUUUAUUCUAACAAGUUCGCGAACCAGCAUGAUCGGACUAUAGGAACAGAGUUUUAGGGAGCAAAAGUUGGUUUUUCCAUUUUUGACCCCUGAAACAUAAAGUUUUGCAACUAUUUAGUAGGGCUAAAAAACCAAACAAUAUAGUAGGCCUACAUUAAACCAUUGUUGUAUGCCUAGUAGUAACAGAGAAAAUUUAAAAAACUGUAAAUAAAAAUUUCAGAUGUUAUUUUGAUUGAGACUAAAUAAAUUCACGGGGAUCUCGAGUAGUCCUUAAUCCUAUCCCUUACUGGUAUAAUCCUAGAGCCAAGCCAAGAAAGAAAUCUUCUUUUACCUUUUAAUGUUUAGGUAGAUAAUAGGGUUAAUUGAAUUCAAGUUAGAAAGCAGAGUUACAAUAUUGCUCACCACUGAUAAAGCUGUCCAUGUAUUUUACGUUAAAGCAAUUAAAUUAUGUACCUUCAACAUUUUUUUUAUGUUAUAAUUUACACAUAUAUAUCCAUGUUUGAUGUGUAUCUUUGUAAAUGUGUGUUUUAAACAACUUGGAUCACAAGCUAAGCAAAGUCUAGAAGAACUUGAAACCGUUGUAUGAUUUGAAAUUGUUUAGAAGUGUUUAACCAUACCAAAUGGAUACAGAAGUUCAAAAUGUUAUUUUUUACAAGAUCAUUGUAAGAACACUUUGUUCUCCAGUUACUAGUCUUUCCAAUCCUCUGAUCCGUUUAUAUCCACUCUAUUAAAUAAUCAUGAUCAGUGCUCGAUAUCCACAAAAAUGAGGUGCCAGAACUGUUUAACCUAUUUAAUGUGAUUUGUACCUAUUUAUUUACCUAUUUAUGCCAAUAUAUAUAUGUGUCUAAAAGAGUACAUGCACUAAGAGCACGGGUACUGUAACUCUGUUCCGCGUUGUGUUGCUCUGUGCUGUUGUGCGUUGUUCCGCGUGCUGUUGUAGGUGUUCUCCCACAAAUCACUGAUCAUGAUAGUAAUAGUUGUGGGGGUUAUCAGGGUGUCCACAUUCUGGAAAGUCAGGGAUAGUCAUGGAAAGUCAUGGAAAAAAAUUUUGGUCAUUGAAAGUCAGGGAAAUAGGCAAGAAGUCAUGGAAAGUCAUGGAAAUAUCCAAUUAUGGAUGGAUUUGAGGGGACCAUUCAAUGCUCUAGUCAGCUGUAACCCGGACUGUUGUAGCAUUUUUCAGUAUUUUUCACAAAUGUUCCACAAUUCAAUUCAUUACAGUUGUAUUAUUUUAUGAGUUUUCGGUUUGUUUUAGUUCAUUGUUGUACCUAUUGUACUCCAUCGUUAUCUGUUAUUACAUAUUUUAGUAUUCUCUGUAAAAUAACAUGUCCAGGCAGUAUUAUUUGUGUGUGUAUGUUAUAUAAUAAUUUGCGUGUAAAGUUCGUGAGUCAUGGAAAUCAAUUGUAAAUGGUCAUGGAUAGUCAUGGAAAGUCAUGGAAAUUAAUGAAAAAAUUGUUGUGGACACCCUGGUUAUGUUUUCUUUUCAGUAAUACAUUCCAGUCUCUCUUUAUGUUAAAGUUUAAGAAAAUGGUUGUUUGUUGUAAGAAAGGCAACGAUUUAGGCCUCGGUACACAAUGCAUGCUUAAAUAAAACAGAUUUUUAAGCAUAGUGUUUUUGUGGUUUUAGCUUCUAAUAUUUAUAUGAUCAAAUACAUUGUGAUACUUUUAACUUUAAGCUUAGAAAUACGAUUUUGUAACAGUUUUAAGGAUUGAUUUGAAAAUAAAUGGAUAGUUUAUUACCCGUA